CAUCUUCACGUUGCAAUGUUGGCUGCAUUGUAGUGCUAAUGCCCGCCCGCUCGGUCACGAGUGCGCCAGACGGAUUGCAUUUUCAAACAUCUGUUUCGUCGGAAUUAAGUUACGGAUUGUUUGUGUGAAAAGUCUAAUAACAGUAGACCACGAUGAUAAACGCCGUCAACGAAUUCCUAGACGAUCUUCGUGGAGGAAGAAUGACCGAAGCGCCGAUCGUGAGGGUGGAACAGGGUGAGCUGCAGGGGCGUGUGGUCACCAGCCCUUCGGGGAAGGCCUUCUACAGCUUCCAGGGUAUCCCUUACGCGAAGCCGCCCCUUGGCUCCUUAAGGUUUAAGGCACCACAACCGCCAGAAGCGUGGGAAGGCGUUCGUGAUGCAACAUCAGAAGGGAACAUCAGCGCUCAAAUCGACCCGCAAACUAAAGAAUACGUGGGCGAUGAGAACUGCCUUUUCUUGAACAUCUACACCAACAAUUUGGACGGUUCUUUCCUCCCUGUCAUGCUCUAUAUCCACGGAGGCGGCUUUAGAUUCGGCUCUGGCUCUUCCAGUCUUUACGGUGGAGAUUAUCUAGUCGAUAAAGAUGUUGUCGUCGUCACAAUCAACUAUCGCUGUGGUGCGUUAGGUUUUCUCAGUCUCAACACUCCCGAAGUGCCUGGCAAUGCUGGCCUGAAAGACGUGGUGCAAGCCAUUCGAUGGGUCAAAGAUAACAUCCAUAAUUUUGGUGGUAAUCCUGGCAAUUUGACGAUAUUCGGCGAAAGCUGUGGCGGUGUAGCCACGUCGGUGUUAACAGCUAGUCCGCUAACUAAAAACUUGAUCAGCAAAGCGAUAAUACAAUCAGGGACUGGGCUUAAUAGUUGGGCGUUCCAGAAAAAUCCUCUGGACAAUGCCAGGAGUCUCGCUAAGAGUUUGGGAUGCGAAUCCGAUGGUGUGGAUGAUAUUUUAGAGUUUCUAGCAACAACACCGGUCAAAGACAUCGUUGAAGCGAACGACAGGAUGCACCCUCCGGAGCUUUUUUACGAAAAAGGAUCAAAUAUUUUCGCUCUAGUGGUCGAAAAAGAAUUCCCUGAGACAGAAGCUGUUUUGACUGAAGCGUUUAUUGACAUUUUAACUUCUGGCAGAACAGCUGAAAUCCCCAUCAUGAUUGGUAGUACAACAUUAGAAUUUACAUGUGAACGUACCAAUGACGAUUUACAAAAUUUCAUACCAGAAGAACUACACAUAGAAAGAAAUACAGAAGAAUCUGUCGCUAUAGCUGAAAGGAUCAAAUCUUUGUACUUCAAAGGCAAUCACAUUGGGGUUGAGAGUCUAAAUGAGUAUUUUGAGCUAUUAUCUGAUAAACUAGUCAAUAUAGAUACGCAUAGAUACGUUCAAUACUUAGUUAAAGUGUCGACGAAGCCGUUGUAUUACUACAAAUUUGAUUAUGUGGGAGAAUUGAACUUGUCAAAGAAGUUAUUGUCUUCUUUGGGCUUGAAACAUGCGGGCCACAUGGACGAGCUGGGGUAUUUGUUCAAGAAUGACCUGCAGAAUGACGUGGAACCGACUCAGCAAGAUAUAAGGAUGAGGGAGAGGAUGCUCCGGCUGUGGACAAACUUCGCUAAGUCUGGAAACCCAACACCCGACGAAAACCAGUACAUUACCGUUGAAUGGCUUCCCGUGAAUAAAGAUCACCUAUACUACCUCAAUUUAGGCGAAGAACUAUCACUUGGCACGAAUCCAGACAAGGAGAAGAUGGAAUUCUGGGACGAGCUGUACAACAAACACUAUCGUAUCUGGGAACACCCUAAAACUAACAACGACGCUGUUAAAGAUGGCGCUGGUGACACAAUAGCAGCUGUUAUAGUUUCCGAGACUGUAUACGAACCAGUCGAUGAAACAGACCCGUCUGGACAAACGGUCGUCAUUGAAACGACCGUAGUUGAAGCUGUUGAUGUAAAUGAACUGGACAAUGCACCGGCUGAAGUCGAAAGCCAACCCGACCCUCCUAAAGUAGUAGAAAGCACAUACGAACCACCUAAAGUGGUAGAAAACGCAUAUGAUCCGCCAAAAGUGGUAGAAACUGCGCAAGAGUUACCCAAAAAUGGUGAUGUCAAGACAGAACAUCUAAAUGGCAAUGCGGAAAGAAAAGUGAGAACGUCGAAUGAAAUCAAAAUGGUGCAAAAUGCCAACGGUGUGCCCAAAGACGUAAUAAGGGCCAAUGAUCCCCCAGAAGACGACCUACCUAAGAAUAUAGGUGUGAACAAGUUCGUGAAUUUCUUUGAAUCGCUCGGAGGUAAGAAGUGAUGCCAUAUUGUCUAUCAGUAUUUAUCUGUCAUUGAAUAUACAAAUGUCUUUGGAGUAUAUUUUCAAUAACUCAUUGAAAUAUUUGGAAAAAAAACGCGUAUAUAUGAUACAAUAAAAACUAAAUUAUUUUCAAGUAGAUUAUUUCAAAUUAAACAUUUUUAUAGUAAAGAAUUUCUUUUUAUUGUCUUUCGCCAUUUAUGGUCUCAUUAUAAAACAUGCUUUAUAAUUUUACGGUUAACAUAUUUACUGGUACAUUUGUUAUUGAAAAUAUACGACAUGUCUUUUUUAUUUUAUUUAUGUUCUAGUUAGUAAUCUUGAUUAUAAACGGCAAAAUUGUGGAUAUUUGAUUGAUUAGGGUUUUAAUAUUUAAUAAAUGUUGGAUUUAAAUUUAAACACUGAAUUUAAAUAAAUUAAUGGCAACACUCAACAAUUGUAAAAUUAAGGUCAUGGUUAAGACUUCAGUUUUAACUUCAAUUCCAAAAAUUUUGAUGCGCCGGGUGUGAUACUGUUUAAUACUAAGAGUGUUACAUAAAUCACAAUCAUAACAAAAAGAAAGCAAUUAAUUGCAAUUUCCAUGUUUUUAACAAAAGCGUGUUAGAUGUGAAAUAAGAAAUUACGUGCGGUGCUUAUUUAUUAUUCAAAAUAUAUUUUAGUAAAAUUAGGGAGAAAAUAUAUAUAUACUUCGGGUUAUAUAAACUGCAUUUUUUUAAAAUAAAUGGACAAUUAUUUACUCAUGGUAGUUAACAUAGAAAUAUUGUAUGGCAACCCUAAUUAUUGUACAUUCCAUAAUGACUUCCAAACGUUGUAUUGUGAACUUUUAAAAUUAUUUAUUUACUUCCAUAAAUUUAUAAUUAAUUAUAGUUUUUAACAAAUAUUAUAAUACAUAUCAAUGUUUGUUGUAAUUCAAUAUUUGCAAAUAUGAUUUUUUUUAAUUAAGGCGCAAAUGUAAAUUUAUUGGCAUUUAAUGUAGUUGGGUCAUUGACAGACGUUUUAAAAAGCUACAGCUUAAAAAUAGUCUUGAGAGCAGAAUACAUACAUACAACCACGUCUGUAUUCCUUACGUGGUGUAUAGAGCCAACAGUCAAAAGACUCAGCUGUUGCUAUUAAUGUUGAAAUAUUAAAAUUUCUACGCCAUUUUGUAAUAGGUACUAGAUUUAUAUUUUAUAAACUUAUGUCUGUGGGUGAUCUAAAAAAAUAAAAUAUUCGAAUAAAAUCCAUAGUUAUAUCGAUUUAAAUACGAUCUAUUUAAGUGUAGAUAUGUGCCAAUGUAAACCUAGAAAUAAUUUUUAAUUGUUAUUAAAAAAGUUACGGUAGAUGUGUAUUUUUAUAUAAUUAUACUUAUGUGAGUAAAUAAAUUUAUUUAAAAUAA